CACUACGAGGUGCUGCGCGUGGCGCGAGACGCCAGCGCCGUGGAGAUCAAGCAAGCAUUCCGACUACUGGCGCGGCGCUGGCACCCGGACAAGCAGGGGCAACGGCCUGAUGGGGUGUCGGAGGAGGAGGCCACCCAGCGCUUCCAGCGGAUCCAGAGUGCCUACGAGGUGCUGAACGACGAGAGCAGGAGAGACAACUACGAC